GGCGGGGCGGGGGCGCUGCCGGGGCCGGUGCGCUCCGGGACAGCGGGGCUGGUGGAGGAUCCCUCCCCGUGCAUGGGGCUGCCAGAGUGCCCGCGGCCGCUUAGGUGUUUCGCUUUCACCUCGUGAGCACUUGCGGUUUGUUUUCUGGUGCAGGGUUUGAAGCCCAGACCCAGAAAUGAAGAAGGUUCUGUGCGUGGAGCCCGUCAUUUUCAUCUACGUUUUUGCUUCUUUCCUGACGAUCCCGCUGGUGGAGCAGUUCAUCUACCGGCGGCUGUGGGAGCAGGAGUACAACUCCACUUUCGUGAGCGACAGCAAUGUCAGUCACUGCGAGCAGAAUAAGAGCAGCCCGGCUUAUAUCAAACAGAAGGAAGUUCAAGAAAAAGCCUCUGUUUUUAAUGUGCAGUUGGACUUAACUAGGGCCAUUCCCAGCCUUUUAGUUGCCUUUGUUAUUGUAGCUAAUGGGGAUCGCCAGGGACAUAAAAGGUCUUUAUUUUUGCCAUCAGUGGGAGCUUUGAUUUCUGGUAUAAGCUUCACUGCAAUAUCAUAUUUUUCCUUGUCACUCUCUGUCCUGUUUGCAGUCGCAUUUAUUACUGGACUGUUUGGGAGUAUGGCAACUUUCCUUGGAGGAGGCUUUGCUUACAUAGCAGAGGAGUGUCAUGAUGAGAAGCAGAAAACAACACGAAUAGCUGUAGUGGAUAUGAUUUUUGGAGUUGUAUCUGGAUUGGCAGGACUGUCAUCUGGCUACUUUCUAAGAGGAAUAGGCUUUUCAUGGACAUUUGUGAUAGCAUCUCUGCUCCAUGUCAUUAAUAUCAUCUAUAUUGUAUUUUUUCUGGAAGAUACUGUAGGCAUGUCUCAAUUCCAGCAUGAGGCACCAGUAUCCUGGAAAGAACUUUUUAGGGCGACAUUUUCUGGAGUGUACAUGCUUUUUAAAACUGCCCCUUACAAAAAGAGAAUUUUAAUAAUUGUGUUACUUUUUACAUUUAUGACUUAUUUUUUUACUCUGCUGGGUGGGAGUUCACUUUUUACACUGUAUGAACUGGAUGAGCCGCUCUGCUGGAAUGAAGUAUACAUUGGAUAUGGAGCAGCUGCAUUCACUUCUGUCUCUCUGACCAGCUUUAUAGGCGUUUACUUACUUUCCAAAUGUCUCAAAGACAUUUAUAUUGUCUUUAUUGGGAUAUUUUCUUACAUUGGAGGAAUGAUCAUGGCUGCCUUUGCCAAAACUACCCUGCUCAUGUUUUUAGUGAGAGUGCCAUCUUUGUUCUGCUUUAUGCCUAUUCCUGUUCUCCGAUCCAUGCUGUCAAAAGUGGUUCUCACUGGUGAACAGGGUGCUGUGUUUGCUUGUAUUGCCUGUUUAGAAGCUGUGACCGGCACUAUCUCACUUUCAGUUUUUAAUAUUCUCUAUGCAACUACUGUUGCAUGGUUUUCAGGCUUUAGCUUCCUCCUAUCUGCAGGCCUUUGUCUAAUUCCACUGUCUGUCCUGUGCUGGCUUCUGUGCACAAGCUGGAAUGGGGAGGACUUGGCUCUGCUGGUAGCUGAAGAAGUAUCCAGCAUAGAGAGUGCUGAUAGUUGAACAAAGGAUCCACACACCUGGGAUUUCUAAUCUGACACGCAGUGGCAGAGAUCGUUAUGUCACACAGAAACCACAGAGAUAACACAACACAAUCUCCAAGUGCCCUGCAGCAAUAAGCACUAAAUUGGUACCACUCAAUACCCAGAUUCUUUUUAGCACUUGACUAAAGCUAGCUCUUAACUAUGCAAAUAGGCUGGCAAUUGAGAUUAAUGUUGCUUCAGCAUGAAGGAAAAAAUAAGGUAGGAUGGUACUCUUUCCACUUACCCUUUCUCAAGUUUGAGAAUGUCAGCUGUGGGUUGUGAUACAUCUUGUAUCACUCUAAUUUGGGUGACAGAGAUAAAAGCCUAUCAACUCAGAGGACGCUAGCAGUUCUGCUGGAGUCAUUGGAGCUUGUGCCAGCUGAGGAUGUGGUCCACUGUGUACAUCUUGAAAGGCCUGUCUUAACAGUGAAGCCCCUACACUGUCUAAAAUUAGUAAACUAAAAAAUAGGUUUUUUCAGAAAGCAAGCAAACUGGAGGCAGUACUUACACCUGCUGUAAGUACACUUACUGUUCUGCAGCUAGCAGAGUGUUUGUGUAAGUUUAACAUAUGAUGUGUGGACCUUGCCUGUGACUUAGUUCUUGAAAUGGAUUUUCACACAGAACUGUCAGGAACACACUGCACACUUGCAGAGUGUGAAGUUCAGCCUAAACCUACAUUUUGCAGAGGCCAUAUUGCACAUUUAUCAUUUUCCAUAUCUUAAGGACUGCUUACAGACGUCUUUUUGUCCCAGAGAUAGUUCUUGUUUUCUAGUGAAGUUGGUACUUGGCUUAAAUGUUUCUUUUAGUGAAAAGCUGUGAUAGCAUUUCUUACCAAUAGAUCUUUAUUUUUUAACAACCCUGAAAUGAGGUGACAAAAUCAGAAUCAUGAAUCUAAUCAUCUUGCAAUGAAUGCAGCAUAAUUUAUGAGCACUUCAAAAGCACUUCUAAUCUUCAAAGCACUUUACAAAUGCUAUUCAAAACGUCCUUCCAUAAUAGAUACUAUCCUCCCUGUUGCAGAGAGAAAUUAACAGAGAGGACAAGUGACAUGCCCAGAGCCCCAGUGCAAACUGGUGAGAGUGGCAAACCUAGGAAUCAGUUUCAGCACUGACUCCUCACAUUUUCCCUUAAGAUCUUUAAGUAGAAAUUAUCCUGAGUAUUAGGUUCUGGAAUGCACAGUACAGCAGAAGUGUGAACACCAUGCUAAGGACCACUCCCAUCUGUUGAUUUUGUUAGGAGUUUGACAGCCAAUACUGUUCUGAUCUCUCAAAGCUGUGUGUGACUCUUGUCCCCCAAAACAGAUAGGUAGAGAAAGCAAAACAAUGUAAACUGGUUGCCAUUUAGAGAAUGAAAACUCUACAAAAGCAACUACAAUGACCUCACAUGCACACAGCGUAGGAUAAAAAUGCAGCACAUAGCAUGUGCUGUAUAAUUGAUGAGCUGUUUACAGCCACUGAUAUCCCAUCCUAUUAACGGAGUACUCCUGCAGAACUCCUCAGUGGUACUCCACCAAGAAUAGUAAUACCAAAUCAUGAUGAUACUAUUGUAGAUCGUUUGUAAUGGAAUGAUUGCAUUGUUUCCAAGUUAUGUAUCAUGAUCACAGAGAAGCCUGGAAGAAGGUUCAAAUAAAUUAAAGGAGAGCUUACUCUAUUCAGGAGACCACUGUCUACUCAUCACAGGUGAAAACAGGGCCAUUUAUCCAGGCCAGAGGGAACAUGCUAACACCUCUAGCUGGCUCUUAAACUCCUGACAUGAGCCAGAAAAUAAAACUGCUUACUGCCUUUGAGGUGGCCAAUUUACUGCCAACUUGUUGGAAACAUGAGCUGAAUUCUACAGUAACCAGUGGGUCCAAAACAUAGUGAGUACUUGUAAAGAGAUUAAGAAAACACUGAUGUAAAGGAUUUCAGCACAAACACGACAUUGUCUUCCUUGCCUCUUCAUUAUGCAGUUACGUAAGGCUUUAUGAAAUUAACUAUUUCAUGCAAAACUGCCUGGAAAUAAAAACACAAAUGCAGAAGGGGUGUGUACCUUCACUUUCUCCUUCAGUGCACACCUCUUCUAGCACUCGGAAGCUCACAUCAAAGCAAGCCAGUUCCACAGUGGUGGUGUGUCAGUCCAACUGAGGACAAGCACGUACAGUCCAGGAAUGGCUUUGUUAUGAUUUGAUUUUACUGUACAAAGUACAUGCUGUUUGCAAAGUGCUUCUGGUAGAUGGAGCAUUUAGAACUGGCUAUAAAUUUAGGUCAAAACACAUGGAGGAUAUGGACUGUAUUUUUAAAAUGUCUAGCACAGUGCAAGCUGAGCAACCAAUUACUAAUAUGCUUCAGACUAUUAAAGCAAAAUCUUCUAAGUUUAUAAUAAUUUCUUUAUUUGUGUAUAAAUACAAAUUAUUUUGACAUAAUAAUAAAAUUUGGUUUUUUAAA